AUGGUUCAAAAGAAAUAUCAACCACCUCCGAAAAGAAAUAUCUCCACUUUAGAGCCGGACCUCGCGUUUUUAUCAAGAGACGUGCAAGUCAACAGAGGAGCAGUGGAGGAGUUUAGGUGUUUUAAAUGCAAUGGAGUUGGACAUAUGAAAAGAGAUUGCCAAUCGAGGUAUCCUAAAGAGUUGGUGUGCCAUGGAUGCGGGAAGCCGGGAGUAAUUAGACCAAACUGCCCCCAGUGUUCAAAAAACGCCAAAGCCGGGAGUUCCGCAACUGUCUGUGCGCCGGCAUACAGGAUCGUGCGGCUUGAAGCAGUUUCAGCAACUUUAUCGGUAACUCCUGGCAGGAUUAACAUGCAGCAUUCCAAACAAAUGAUCCCAAGAUACCAAACACAGGAUGCAAUCCAGGCAAUAAUCUUCGUGGACACUAGAUCUAGAUCCACCAAACUGUCUGUGCGCCGGCAUACAGGAUCGUGCGGCUUGAAGCAGUUUCAGCAACUUUAUCGAACUGUCUGUGCGCCGGCAUACAGGAUCGUGCGGCUUGAAGCAGUUUCAGCAACUUUAUCGGUAACUCCUGGCAGGAUUAACAUGCAGCAUUCCAAACAAAUGAUCCCAAGAUACCAAACACAGGAUGCAAUCCAGGCAAUAAUCUUCGUGGACACUAGAUCUAGAUCCACCAGUAAGUGCAAAACUGUCUGUGCGCCGGCAUACAGGAUCGUGCGGCUUGAAGCAGUUUCAGCAACUUUAUCGGUAACUCCUGGCAGGAUUAACAUGCAGCAUUCCAAACAAAUGAUCCCAAGAUACCAAACACAGGAUGCAAUCCAGGCAAUAAUCUUCGUGGACACUAGAUCUAGAUCCACCGGUAAGUGCAAGUAA